AUGCCGCCCUCGCAGCCACAUCGGCCGCCAUGCCGCCAGCCACCACUCUGGCAUCCACCCAUCCCGGGGCCGCCGCCCCGGCGUCCACCUGCCCAAGCAGCAGCUCAAGCCGUUGAAGCUGCGCCAUCGCAGCCCAACACCUCAGCCCUGCAGCCGCCGAGCCCCGCCGCUGCCUCCGCCAACCGAGCCACGCCGUCGGGAAGCACGGCCACCGCCGCCAUGAAACCCGGGGCCGCCGCCCCGGCGCCAGCAAGCCUGCCACCAGGAACGCGCCGCCACGCCGCCCACGCGGCCGCAGCGGCCGACCGCAGCACGGCCAGGCCCCAGCCAUCCGAGGCCGCCGCCCGGCCUCCGUCUCUCCCGUGCGAGCCACGGGCAGAGGAUCCCCCGCCCGCCUUUGGGGAUAGGGGCCCGCCGCCACCGCGGCAAGGGCCGGCGGCAGCGGCGGCGUGGGUCUGCGCCGGUGGAGGUGCGGACCGGCGGCGCUGGGUUGCCCCCGUGACGCCCAGUCGAGCGCCGCGGGAGCCCGAUCCGUUUUCUCUCUCCCCUGAGAGUCUGUUGGGCUCGAUAAGCAAAUCAGGAAACAUUCUUUUGGGUGUACUAGUGGUAGUUUGA